ACGUGGAUAACAUGGCGGCGAAGAUGUGGCUGUAACAAGGAGUCUGUCUGCUCCUAAUGCAAGCCUGUCGCAGUGAUUUGAAACCAUUACCAAACAAAUGUAACGUCAACAAACAGACACUUUCCCCACAGACUCUGGGCGUAUUCGCUGACACUUCGCAUGAAGCCCUUUUCCUCUUCUCUCAGCCACAGUGACAACGGUAAUGGAAGACGAGGAGAGGCAAAAGAAGCUCGAGGCCGGCAAAGCAAAGUUGGCUGACUACCGACAGAGGAAAGCUCACGCAGACAGACAGAAGAAGCAGAAGAAGAAAAAGAGGAGAGAAACAGACGACGACCCAGGUGGAGAUGGACCGGGGAGAGGGGCGGCCAAGCAGGAGUUGGAUCAGUCGGUAGGGGAGGAGGUGACGGGGAGUGGGGGGGAGGUCGGAGGAGGAGGAGGAAGAGGGGAACCGGACCCCCCCACCACAGAGUUUACCUUCGCCAGGACCCUGCGUAGUGGUGAGACGGUCAAACAUGACCAGACUUACACCAUAGAGCCAGAUAGUGAAGUGUCCACCACAGCCGAAGACUACUCCUCCGAGGUGAAUGGCUGCCUUGAGAUGACCGAGAUCCCAAUGGAGACUUCCAAGGAGUUUAUCUGGGACGAAGUGGACCCUGUGCUGCAGGAGGCGAGGGGCGGAAGGGUACAGGUCAUGGAGGAAGAGCUGGCUGCUAAGACUCUGGUGGUAGAGGAGCUGAGCCGAGAGCUGGAGGAAUUUAGAGCGGCCUUCGGCACAGAGGGGGUGCAACAGCUGCAGGACUUCGAGGCUGCCUUGAAGCAGCGAGAUGGCAUCAUCACACAACUCACAGCCAAUCUGCAGCAGUCUCGCAAAGAGAAGGAUGAGGUCAUGAGGGAGUUCCUAGAGAUGACUGAGCAGAGCCAGAAACUGCACAUUCAGUUCCAGCAGCUGCAGGCAGGUGAGACGCUGAGGAACACCAGCCACAGCAGCACAGCGCAGGACCUCCUGCAGGCCAAGCAGCAGCUCGUCCAAUACCAGCAGCAGCUGGAGGAGAUGGACGGCCAGGUCAGAUGGCACCAAGAGAUGAGCGAGGAGCAGCUGCUGCGGAUCAGCCAGCUCCAGCACCGGCUCAACGCGGCUGAGAUGGUGGAAAGAACAGAAGAGUCAUUUGCACAAAGGUUAAAUGAGAAAGACCUGCUGAUUGCUGAACAGGAGAGAAUUAUGGCAGAGCAUGAGUGUUCCCUAAUGCAACUUAGAGAAGAGCUCAGUCAUGUGGGCAGAGAGGCUGAGGAGUCAUUUGCCCAGAGGGGAAAUGAAAAAGACUUGCUGAUUUUGGAGCAAACUGCAAUAAUAACAGAACAUGAGCGUACACUGACCAUGCUCAAGGUGGAGCUUGCACAGGUGGGAAGGAUGACUGAGGAGACUUUUGCACAAAAGUUGAACGAGAAAGAACUGCUGAUCGCUGAGCAAGAGAGAGUCAUGUCAGAACAUGACUCCUCCCUCCACCAGCUAAAGGAUGAGUUGACGGCCUCUGAGAAACGCUUAAACGACCUCAACCAGCAAAUGACCGCAAAGGCCCAAGAGCUGGAGAGCUGUAAGAGUGACUUGGAUAACUGUAAGAGGGACAUAGAGAGCACUAAGGGUGAGUUGAAUAGCUAUAGGGUUGAGCUGGAGGGCAGUAAGGGUGAGUUGUAUAGCUGUAGGGUUGAGCUGGAGAGCACUAAGGGUGAGCUUGAGAUCUGUAGCGUUGAGCUGGAGUCCUGCAGGGGCGAACUCUCAGCCUCCAGGCAGAAGGAGCGGAAGUCCUCCAGCGAGAUCCAGCAGCUGAUGGGCACCGUGGAAGACCUCCAGAAGCGAUACCACAAGGGCAGCCUGUCAGAGUGCGACACCCUCCAGAGGAUGGAGGAGGACUCAGCCCGCAGGCUGGAUCAUCUCAGGAUGGAGCUAGAUGAGAUGUACGGUGAGCAGAUAGUCCAGAUGAAGCAGGAACUUCGCUCGCAGCAUUCUGCGGCCCUGGAGCGGGUCACGGAGGAGCAUCGCGAAGAGCUAGAGCUUCUAAGAGCCCAGCAACCUGCACCCAGGCCCAGUCCCGAGGUGGUGAUCGAGCUCAAGGACAAGAUCGCAGAGCUUCAGCAGAGGAUCCAAGAGGCCCAGGCGCUCCGUGAGAAGGCCAGACAGGAGCUGUCCCAGGUGGCACAGGAGAAGCUCAGCCUCCAGGGUCAGAUGGUUGACCUGCUCCAUGACCUCCGCUCAGCCCAGGCCAAAGUGGAGCAGGCCUCUCAGAACAUCGCUGUCCAUGAGAGUCGUCAGUGCGAGCUGCAGUGCCUCCAGGAAACCAUUGAUGACCUGAAGGCCCAGCUAGCCACCGCUGUGGAGUCGGCAGAAGAGAUCGAGGCCAAGCAUGAGUCAGAGACAACCAACUACAAGAUCAAACUGGAGAUGAUGGAGCGGGAAAAGGACGCAGUGCUGGACCGCAUGGCCCAGUCACAGGAGGCGGAACUGGAGAGGCUGAGGACACAGCUCCUCUUCAGCCACGAGGAGGAGCUCAUUCUCCUUCGGGAGGACCACCAGAGGGAGAGCCAGCUCAACGGCGAGAACCUCCUCAAUGAGGCGUCCAUCCGGCACAGCCGAGCCCUGGAGGAGUUGCGGAACGUGUACGAGGACGAGCGGGAUGAGCUGUUACACCAAAUCAUUGCACUGAAAGAUGACUUGAAGAUGGCGCUGCACAGCUCGAAAGCCGAAGAGCUGGUGGUGCAACUCAAGGAACUUCAAGUGGAGGUUAAGGAAUUGAAAAAGGGUGGAGAAGAAAGGGUCAGAAUGGAGAGGGAAAUCCAAAUGCUGCUGAAAAAGAAUGAGCUGCUAGAAAACCAGUCCAAGGAGCGAGAAAAGAGCUGGGACAACAAAUGGAGGGAGCAGGAAUCUGAAAAGAGGAUUUUGAUGGAAACCAACAACGCCAUGAAAGAGGAAGUGGAGUCCAAGGUGGAAAAAAUUAAAUCCUUCACGACAGAAAAUGAACAAAAGCAGCGACAAGUAGUGGAGUUGCAAGAGGAGAAUGAAAAGCAGCGGAAUACAUUCUCUUUUGCCGAAAAGAACUUUGAGGUGAACUAUCAGGAGCUCAAGGAGGAGUAUACGUGCCUUGUUGAGGUAAAGGCGCAGUUGGAGGAGAGGAUUCUCAAGGAGACACUCGUGUAUGAGUCAAAACUCGCUAGCCUCCAGUCGCAGAUUCAGGAGCUGAGGGAGAACAAGGAAACUAGCAAAAUGGAGGACAAGUCCAAAGACAACGGCGGUGCUUCGAUAGAGAAAGACACUACUGAGCUGAUGGAGAAGCUGAAGGUAGCUCUGACAGAGAAGGAGGAACUGGCUAUGAGGCUGUCUAAAGUUACUGAGCAGCUGACUGUUACAGAAGGUGAAUUGGAUGAGCUGGAAGGAGAGUUGUGUCAGGUCAGGAGAGAAAACAAGGAGGUCAUCGCCCAAAAUGAAAACCUGGAGGAAGAGCUCGAAAGAGACCGGGAAACUCUGAAGGAGAGAAAGGGAGAGAUAGAACUGCAGAGGCAGAGAGAGGAGGGAGGGAGAGCUGCUCAGAGCCAAGCGAAGCUCCAACAGAGAGGGCAGCCUGUUCAGUCUGCAUUCCCAGCUUGCUCCAUCAAGGAUCAUCACCUCCAAAUCGAAUCUCUCCAAGGGGAGGUAGAGGUGCUCCGCUCCUCCUUAAAGGCCGGCGAAAUAGAGCGAGAACGCCUCCGACACACCCCGGAGGCUUGGCACCAGAGUCAGACACCAACUCCGUCUGCAGCCCCAUCUCAGAUCUUGACUGUGGGGGAGGGACCUGUUGAGCGUAGCUCCGCUGUGGAGCCUACAGCCUCUGGGUCAUACAGGCGCAAGACACAGCAGCGGCGAGGAAAGAAGAAGCGCCAGAGCUCUGCCCAGACAAAAGAGAAGAGGGAGAAGCAGGAGGUGGUGGAAAGAAACAAAGCUGGAGGUGCUACUGCUGCAGCAGAGCGGGAGCCUCGGGCUCAGAUGGAGAGCCAGGUUCCGUCUAGCUCGCAGCAGAGGACCGGGGAGAAGGACUCCACAGACGGGUACCACGGAGACGGAGCGAGAGACAGCGUUGUGAAGCAGGGGAAGAGAGUAGAUGGGAUGGAGUGUCGGGCGGACCCUGUAGCGAAGCGAGAGGAGGAGGACAGGGACAGCAAGACCACAGAGCAUGUGGAGUGCAGGCUGCAGCUGGAGGCCCAGCGGAUCAGCCUGUCUCAGAUGCACGCUGCACAGCUGGAGCUGCUCCGGGAGCAGACAGACGCCCACGCCAGCACACUUGAGCUGGGUCGCUUAAAAAAAACACUGGACAAAGACUUCACAGAUCUCAAAAGCUCUAAGUACCAGAAUGUGGUGCAAGUUGUGUCUGAAGAAUGCAAGCAGCUCAUCCUGUCCUUUGCUAAAAUUUUUGGAGAGGAGUUCUUGGAGUAUCUCCAACCCACUGAUGUCGAGGACUGGAAGAUUCAUUUGUUUGAAAAGGAAGAAACAAGGGAUUCCAGUGCUGUUUUACAGGAGGCAAAAGAAAUGUAUAGAGACCUUCAGCAGGUGAAGCAGAGGAUUGAGCAGGAGCACGGUCGUCUACUACAGCUCCAGUCCUUACUGAAGGCAGAUGGCAAUAAGAUUGAGGCGAUGCAGCUGGCUUACGAUGAUCUGAAGCGCAGCAGUGAGGAGAAGAUCACCAGCCUGCGCAGGCACAUCGAAAGCUCCAGCAUCUCCACACACAACCUCGAGGAUCUGAGGGAGCCGACCGCGGCCUCGCCAUCCUCCCACACUGCUGAGGACAUCCAGAAGCUUAGGGCCAAUGUCCAGCAGCAGCGGGCCCAGCUGGAGGAAUGCCACAGGCAGGAGGUGGAGCGCCUCAGGGCCUACUACCAGCAUCAGGCCAAAGCGACCGAGGAGCGAUAUGCUACCGAACUCAUCGUGCUACAGCAGCACCUCGAUGAGGCCACAGGCACCGAGGCCCAGUUCAGCCUGUCCAGUGUUGCCCAGCUUAGCUUGCGGAUCGAGGAAGAGGACGCAGAGGAACUAAAGCUAGUGGAUGAGGAUGCAUUGUUGGUGGGCCUGGGCACGGAGCUAAGCGGGCCGGCCAAGUCUAUGGACCUGGCGGCGCAGCUGCAGACGCUGAGGAGAGCGCUCUACCACAAGUACCUCCAGGAGGUGGCCGCGCUGAAGGAGCAACACUGUGCCGAGCUCACCAGACUCAGAGAAGAGAGGGUGCAGGAAAAGGGAGAGAAAGUGAGGGAGGAAGGAGAGGAGGAUGUGCGGUUGCAGGUGAAGCCGGACCCGGAGGGCAUCAAUGGGGGCGUCCGCUCUAUCGAGGCACCCAGCACAGAGGACCAAGGCGGGCAGGAGAGGAGACACAAGGAGAGGGUGGAGGAGGAGAUAGCUAAGGUCAUAGUUCAGAUGUCGGUGGAGUUUGCCCAGCAGAGCGAAUUGGCCCGAAUCACCAAGAGUGCCCGCGAGACCACCUCAGCCAUGCAGACCCACUCCGACGAGGAAGGGGAGGAAGAGGAGGAGCAGACCCCCAGGAGCUCACUCACCAAGGGGAUCUCUCUGGAGGAGGUGCAGAGGAGGUUCGCAGAGGAGAAAGAAAGGCUGGAGAAAGAGCUGGAGGAGAGGACUGCGGAGCUCCAUGGGAUUAAAGAGCAGCUUCGGCGCAUAGGUCCAGGAUCUGAGCAGAUGGGUUAUUCCUCUGAUGGAGAUGGAGAGAGUGAGAGAAAAGAAAGUGGAAAGAAGAGAGCAACACCGCAAAUGAAAAGCAGAGGCUCACAGAAAGAAAAGAAGAGGGGAGAAGAGGAAGAUGAAGAGGUCAGGAGGAAGAGGGCCGUGGGUGGAAAUGUCUCGUCACAAGAUAGAGGGGAUGACUCUUCCUGUCCAGAUCAUCAGGUUAUCACUUCUGAGAGGAAUCUGCUGCGUAAGGCCAAUGAGAGCCUCCGCCAGGUGCUGAGUGAUGUGCUCAAGACCACAGCGGCCGCUGAGGAGACCAUCGGGCGUCACGUGGAGGGGCUACUGGUACCCCCUUCCUUCUUACAGAGACCCACCUGGCAGAGAGCUGCUGGUGAGCCCUUCAAGCCUGCCACAGGUGCUGCUGGAGGUAUUUCCUGCCCAGAUGCGUCGACCACUGAGAGUUGCCAAGGUAGCGAGACUGGGGUGGACGAUGUGAGCGUGUGGUCGGGCGAGAUAGAGACGGACGAGGGCCUGGAGAUGUCCCAGCAGAUGAUGACUGACAGCCUGUUGCCAGGAGCGGAGCUUCAGCUGGAGAACGAGGAGUACCUCAUGAAUAUUAGCUCCCGCCUCCAGGCCGCCGUAGAGAAACUGCUGGUGGCUAUCACAGAGACGACCAAUCAGCUGGAACAUGCGCAGGUCACCCAGACGGAGCUGAUGCGCGAGUCCUUCCGCCAUAACCAGGAGAUUGGCGAUCUUCUGCGGCGGCAGGAGGAUCUGCAGGAAAGGCUGGGGGAGGAGGGGCGCGCCCGCGAGCAGCUGGCCCUGGAGCUCCACAGGGCAGAGGGUCUGAUCGAUGGCUACACGGGUGAACAGGCCGCACUGGAGGAGCAGGUGCGUCAGAAGGAGGAGCUACAGCUAAGCCUGGAGCAGGAGCUGCAGGUGACAAGCAGCCGCCUACACGAACUGGAGCAGGAGAGGCUGCAGAUGCAGGAGGAGCGAGAGAUACUGUCACGGCAACAGGAUGCCAUGAGGGAGCAUGCGGGCCCGCGUGAGUUACGCCUAGUUGAAGCUGCAGUCGAUGCAGCACCUGAAGCAGACCUCCUGGAGGAGACGGAGAAGCUGAUGGCUGAGAAGGUAGAAGUGCAGCGGCAGGCAGAGAAGGAGAGCCUGAACCUCCUGCACCAGGUGAAAACACUGGAGGCUGAGCUGGAGGAGCAGGUCAACCGCGUCAUCGAGCUGGAGCAUGCCCGCAAGACUGAGAGCGGCGACCUGCUGCAGCAGAUCCAGGCCCUGGAGAAACAGCUGGAGAAGAACCGGAGGUUCCUGGAUGAGCAGGCCAUCGACCGGGAACACGAGAGGGACGUCUUCCAGCAGGAGAUCUUGAAACUGGAGCAGCUGCUAAAGAACAGCCAGAAGCAGCAGCCCGGCUCUGAACAAAGAAGCAGAGAGGUGGAUCAGCUGACCCAGCAGCUGAGGGAGAAAGCGGACUGGUGCAGCGAGCUGCUACUGGCGUCUGAGCAGUUGCAGCGCGAGGCGGGCGAGCGCAACGAGGAGAUCGACAAGCUGGAGGGCCGCAUCCGCGAGCUGGAGCAGGCUCUGCUGGCCAGCACAGAGACGGUGGAGGAUAAGAGGCAGCAUGUGUCUGUUAGUGAGCCUGGGGACUCCUCACUGGAGGCUCAGCUACAGACGGAAAGAGAGGCACUGGACAGGAAAGAGAAAGAGAUCAGUAACCUGGAGGAGCAGCUGGAGCAGUUCCGGGAGGAGCUGGAGAACAAGAGUGAGGAGGUGCAGCAGCUCCACAUGCAGCUGGAGAUCCAGAGGAAGGAGCUGAGCACCCAGCAGCAAGACCUGGAGACCAAGGACAGCCUGCUCCAGGUGAUGGAGGAGAAGGACAGGGAUAUAGCGCUUCUUAAUGAGCAGAUGGCUAAGCUUCAACACACGGAAACAGCCCCUGACAACAAGGAAAUUGACGCGAGGGAUGAGCUACUGCGGGAGCUGGAGUCCCAGGUGGAGUGCAUGCGGAGCGAGCAGCAGCGCCUGAAGAGGAACAGCGAGGAGGAGCUGGAGCAGCUCAACGCCGUUAUCGACAAGCUCCAGGAGGAGCUGGCCAACAUCGAACGGAAGCAGUCCUCGGAGACGGACGAAGAGCUCAAGGGCCAGUUGGAGAGCCAGGUCGGAGGUCCCAGCAAGGAGGAUUACGACGAAAUGAAGCAAAAGAUGGACCUGGCCACCCAAGAGCUGGACACCAUCAAAGCCGAGCACUGCUCGCUCCUGGAGAGGUACCGGUGCUUGCAGGAGAGCAGACUAGCAUUAGCCGAGUCGGAAAAGGAGCUGUCGGACGACAUGGCAAUGGAGCUGCAAGACGCCCUGAGGGAGAAGACGGCGGCAUUCGUAGUGGUGCAGGCUCAGAUCCAGGCACUGGAGCAGAGCACCACCUCCAGGGUGAAGAAGCUGAGCCUUUGCGUCCAGGAACUUGAGGCCUGUGUCGCAGAGAGGGACUCUGAACUGACCCGCUGCCGGUUCCUGGUGGAGCGGGCCCAGGAGGACGCCGACGACCUCCAGUGCAAGGUCCAGGACCUGGAGGACAAGCUGAGGGAGAGGGUGGCGGCCGUGCUUGUCAGCCAGGCCCAACUGGGCGCCAUCCAGCAACAGUCUCAUCAAUCGCAGGAGUCCAAGGGCCAGAGAACCAAAGAAUCCGGCCACCAGGAUCCCAGCAGACAGAUGGAGAUACCGGACUUUUUGUUUGCAGGAAUGUCCCACGCAGCGGAGAUCCAAGGUGCCAAACAUGGCCCCACUGGGAAGGUGGUCCUCCUGACGGAGAAGCUCCGCGAGCUGGAGGUAGGCCUGAGCGGCAUGCAGAAGGACCAGGAGCUGCAGAAGCAGUUACUCUCCAGCUCCGAGGAGGUGGUGCUGGAGUACGAGAAGAGGCUGGUCUUGCUCAUGGACCUGCUCAAUCAGAUGAGGACGACCAAGCCUGGUGGAUGCCAGAGAACGUUUCCGGUCACAGAGACUGCAUCUUUUGGAGGCAAUGAGCCGGCUGUGUCUGAGAUUCUACAGGAGCUACAGAAGGUAAGGGACGAGGCUUCGGCCACCAAAGAACAGCUCAGCAGUUACAGGGAGAGCAGCAAUAAACUCCAGCAGGAGCUCAAGGCAAAAGAGGUCGCAAUAGCAAAGUUUCAAGAAGACCUUCAAAGGGUGUCAUCGGGAGGCAGUGAGGCCAAGGUGUCGGAGCUCCAUCGGGAGUUGAAGGAGGUCAAAGCGGAGGCUGCUUCCACCAAAGAGGAGCUCAGCAGCUACAGGGAAAGCUGUGACAAACUACGGGAGCUACUACAGGAGAGAGAGAUGACCAUAGCACAUCUCAAGGGAGAACUCUACCAGGCCUCAUUGGAAGGUGACGGUGCCUCCACAUCCGAGCUUCUCCAAGAGCUCCAGGAGGUCCGAGAUAAGGCAGCUGCUACCAAAGAACACCUGAACAGCUUCAGAGAGUGCAGCGAGAAACUCCAGACCGAACUCCAAGUCCGCGACCUGUCCAUCGCUCAGCUCCAAGAGGAGCUACAACAGCUCAGAGUAGCCUUGGCGAAAACCGCAGAGUCACCAUCACCACUAUCCCCACUAUCACCAUCUCAGUCUCACUCACUCCAGCAGCAGCAAGCGCCACCCUCCCAUCCGAAAAAUAAAGGCUUCAAACCGCAAAACCAAUGCCAAGGGGCCAAGGGAAAAAUGGCCGCCGCUGCCAAAGACAAACCAUCGCUCUCCAGGAAGAACUCUGUCGCGGCAAACCAAAAGUCUUCCGACAAAUUGUCCGGUCAAUCGGCUGGUCUUAAUGGAUCUCAGCGUCUGCCUCAUACAGACGCUGGCACCCAGACGGAUACAUUUUCCUCCCAAACAUCUGGCCAGCCCAGGUCUGUGUCGGAGGAGGAAGAGGUGGAGGAGAUGAUCGGGGAGUACCAGGAGAAGAUCGUACAGAUGCAGGAGCUGCACGCGGCAGAGAUCCUGGACAUGGAGGCCCGGCACAUCGCAGAGAGCGAGGCCCUGAAGAGGGACGCUCAAAUACUGGAGGAGGAGUGCAAGGCUCUCAAGACCGUUAUCGAGAAGCUGCAACGCUCCCAUGAGGCCCCCUCAUCGAGACCAGAGCGUCCCGCAGGAUCGCAAUUCAAAGACGGCUACACCAGUGACAGCUGUUCUGAAUGGAGUCAGCGGACAGGCUACGACCUGCCUAACCUGCAGCAGGAGUUCAGGACCACGCCAGAGGGAGCCAGGAAAGAGACAGACGAAGCACUGCCUGACAGAAUUAAGAACCUGCUCCGCGAAGUGCACCAGGAGGGCAUGCAGGUGCUGUCCCUGUCAGCGCUGCCAAUCCCAGAGGGCGAGGCUGACCCAGCCAGCCUGUUCCACCAUGCCCAGGGCUGGCCCAAAGAGAGAGAGGCCUUGCUGGCCACCGUGGAGUCCCUCAAGGCCCUCAUUACCCAGAUUCAGACGCACAGCAGGGAAACACAGACCCCAGGUAGUGCGGACUGGCGUGGGGAGCUGCUGGGGGCAGUGCAGCAGGUGUUUGUAAGGGAGCGGAGUGUGCUGAAGAGCGCCCUCUAUGCACGACUGGACCAGCUGGACACUAGCGACGCGAUCAUCCACCUCAACCAGCAGGAGCACUGGCUAGCCGAGCAGGACGCCCAUCACAGAGAUGCCAUGGGGAUGCUGCAGACUGCAGACAGAAGCAGUUUGCUGACAGAGGUUCGGCAGCUCCGGGCCCAGCUAGAACAAAUCCAAGCCCAGGAGCCUGGCAGGAGAGGCAGAUCCAAUCAAGGUGUUGAGCAGCAGAGGGAGAGAGGUGGUGUUCCGGAGCCCCACAUUCUGCAGCAGGCUGACAGGGCUCUGCUGGAGGAGCUGAAGGGAGAGCUGGCCCAGACCAAACUAGAGCUGGAGUCCACGCUCAAGGCCCAGCACAAACACCUGAAAGAGCUGGACACAGUCAAAACGGAGGUGUCACAGAAGGCUGCUGAGGUGGACACCCUGGCGGACAGACUGGCAGACGAACAGAAGAAGGCCAGAGAGCUGCAGUGGGCCUUUGAGAAGGAGAAGUGUAAAUCAGACAAGAAAGAGGAGCUGGAGAGAGAGGAGCUGGAGGAUCUCAAACUGGCCCUGGAGGAGCAGCAGAGUCACGUAGCCCAGCUGACCUCAGCCCUAGGCCAGGAGCGCCUGUCCACCUCCCAGCUGUCCCUCCAGGCCGAACAGGAGUGCUCCAGGUUGCAGACCCAGGCCUCACAGCUCCACGUCCAGCUAGAGUCGGAGCGAGCCCGGGCCCAGGAGCUGAGUAGCGCCCUGGAGAGAGAGAAGGAGCUCCGCCACCACGGCUCCUCCUGGAGAGAAAACCCAGAGGGGGAGGUGGCUGAGAGGGGGGAGGAUGAAGUGGUGGGAGGGUCACUGUCAUCCGAAGGUCUGCUAGAGGGACUGCAGAGGGAUCUGAACAAGAAGCAUGCUCAGGUGGUUAGUCUGCUGGAUGAGGUGGAGGCCCAGAAGCUGGCGGCGGUGCGACGGGAGGAGGAGUUAACCUCUGCAGCUCAGAAGUCAUGCCAGGACCAAGAGGCUCUGCGUGAGGCCAAGGGCCAGCUGGAAAGUCUGGGGGAGCAGGCACGGGAGGCCAUGGAGCAGCUGAAGAGAGAGGUGCAGCAGGGGAAGUGGCUGAAGCAAGAGAAGGAGAGGCUCCAGGAGAGAGUGGUCCAGCUGGGAGAGACGAGAGAGGGGGAGAGGAGUAGGACGCAGCAGCAGUCUGAUAACCAAAAUCAGGCCGUGUGGCAAGGCGAGCCCACAGACCGGACCAGAGACUGGGUGUUCCAGCAGAAGUCUGGCGACACGCUCACUGUCAACCCCAGCACACCUUCCCUCCUCAAAGUCACUGGGACAGGGGGCAACCUCGCCCCCCACCAUGACCCCAAACACUCAGACAAGGUCUUGGGCAAACUGCAGCUCAUCGCAGCCAAGAUCCGAACCAUGGUCAGCAAGGGCUCUGGCAGGCUGACUACGGAGGUGGACAGUGAAGGGCUGUCGUGGCUGCAGACCAACAUUGAUGAGGUCAUCACUAUGCUGCAGCAGUCCCCAGCGCUCCCCUCGGUCCCUGAGAGCGCCGCCCUGCUGGCGGGAGGCCAGUCCAGCUCCCUGACAGAGCGGCUGCUGAGGCAGAAUGCUGAGCUCACAGGCUUCGUUAGCCGUCUGACAGAGGAGAAGAACGAUCUGCGCAACCAAACCCUCUGCCUGGAGGAUGAGCUUCGACGCUACCGCCAGGCUGGUCUGGGAUCAGGGGACAGCUCCAGGAGGAGAGGUGGCGUGGACAAGCAGCAGGAGGCGGCCAGCGUUCUGUUCUCGUCAGAGCGUGAAGCCUGGACCAGGGAGAGGAGCCGGCUGGAGAAGGGCCUGCGUCUAGCCCAGGCAGAGGUGACCCAACUCAAGGGAGAGAUCCGGACAGAGUCCCUCAGAGACAUGACCGGACCGGAGGCAGACAACACCACACUGAAGAAUAUGUAUGGCAAGUACUUACGCGCCGAGAGUUUCCGCAAGGCCCUCAUCUACCAGAAGAAGUACCUGCUGCUGCUGCUCGGCGGCUUCCAGGAGUGCGAGGAAGCCACGCUGUCGAUCAUCGCCCGCAUGGGCAGCCGGCCCUCCCAAUGCAGCCUGGAGUCCCUGACGCAGAGCCGCCGGGGGCUGACGCGCUUCCGCUCGGCCGUCCGCGUCUCCAUCGCCCUCUCCAGAAUGCGUUUCCUGGUCAAGCGAUGGCAUAAAGCUACGGGGAUGAGCUCCAUAACAUCUGUCAACGUGAACAGAAACGGCCUGGGACUGUCACCAGGUAAUGAGGUGAGGACAGACUCACCCUACCUGCAACCGGGGAGUGUGGAGGUGUACGGGGAGAGGAGAGGUGCCAUCAGGGGACGAACUGGACGAGACUCCCCCAGGUCCGCCCUCUCCUCUGCACAACACAGGUUCCACAUGGCUGGGGACCCUGGCACUCUGACCUGCUCCCACCUCCAGAACUACGACCCUGACCGAGCGCUCACCGACUACAUCUCCAGACUGGAGGCCCUGCAGAGGAGACUGGGGAGCGUGCAGUCAGGUUCUUCUUCAUAUGCUCAAUUAAACUUUGGAAUAAAAAGAUAGAAGUCUAUAAUUUACAUUGGAACUGGCUUGAAGAAACUCAGUUGCCUUUUCUUGUGCUGAGCUUCGGUAUUUUGUAUCAUUCUGCUGUGUACAGUAUAUUACGUGGGGACCAACAAACGUUUUUUGUGUGUAGACAUCUUAUAAUCGGGCUUUUUGUCGCCAGCACUUGAAACAGCUUCUAUGUUUGUAAACUUUGGUCUGCCUCUUUGUUGUGGAUGAACACAAUCAUGUUAAAUGUAUAUUUGUGGAAUGCUAAUUUAAAAGAAAAACCUGGAAUAAUUUAAUUUAUACUGUGUAUGUUACUUUGUGUGGGUGGAAGAAUACGUAGAGCAGGCUUCUCCGGAGAACUCCAGUCCUGGAUAGGAACCGGGUGGGCGUGCAGGUCUUUGCUCCAGCCCAGCACUAACACGCCUGAUUUAAAGUAACCGUGGUUUCUUAAACGGAAGACCAUGAUUGGUUGAUUAUUGGAAAUUGUUGUUAGUGCUGGGCUGGAACAAAAGCCUACACACCCAGUAGCUCUCCAGGAUGGGAGUUGGGAGAACUCUGCCAUGGAGAAUGUUUGACUUUACUGUUGAAGAGGCUGCUACAGGAUCUAUAUACACCACACUGUGUUUUAUUAGAAUGAUAUCUUGGACAGACUACAGAGGACAAUUUGUAGAAGACAUAUUUUUGUAAAGGUAGGAGCUUUGAAUUUUCUGGGUAUUUUGUCAAAAACUGAAAUAAAUAUGAAUUUUAACACUUGGAA